AUGGCGGCCUCCCUUUCGUCCGCCCUGGCUACCGCUCUGCAUCCACCUCAACCGAUCGCCUCCGCGCAACCGCCGCGCGCAUCCACCGCGCAAGUCCCGGCCCUGUCCUCCCCCUUCCUCUCCUCGCGCAGCACCCUCCGCGCGCCACUCCCACCCAUGCCCGCGAGCAGUUUGCGCGCGCGGGCUGGGCGCGUGGGGGUGCGCGCGAUGGCGACGAAGAAGCGCGGGAAGCUCAUGCCGGGCGGCGGCGAGCUGGACCGGGGGGUGGACAAGGAGGCGAGGGUGCGCGAGGCGAUGGAGGUGAUAAACGGCAAGUACGGCGCGAACACUGCUACCUUCCUCAACGACGACGUCAAACGAGCCAACGCAGAGACCUUUCCGUCGGGUGCGCUCACACUGGACAUUGCCUUGGGGGGAGGGCUGCCCAAGGGCAGAAUAGUGGAGAUCUACGGGCAGGAGAGCAGUGGCAAGACCACCCUCGCCCUACACGCCAUCGCUCAAGUGCAGAAGCGGGGAGGCACAGCAUGGAUAGUGGACGCGGAGCAUGCGUUGGACCUCAAGUACGCGCAGCAGCUGGGCGUGCACACGGACAAGCUCGUGCUGUGCCAGGCCGAGGAGGCUGACAAGGCGCUCGAGAUUGUGGACACGGCAAUGAGGGGACUGGCAGCGGACAUAGUGGUCGUGGACUCGGUGCCCGCGCUCAUCCCCUCGCAGGAGCUCGAGAGCGAGAUGGGGCAGGAGUCGAUAGGGCUGCUGGCGCGCCUGAUGUCCAAGGUACUCAAGAAGCUGAGCGCCAGUGCGAGCAGGUCCAAGUGUACUGUUAUCUUCCUCAACCAGAUGCGCCAGAAGAUCAACACGGGUGGCUUUGCCUUUGGCAGUCCCGAGACCACCACGGGCGGCACGGCCCUGCGCUACUUUGCCUCUGUGCGCCUUGACCUGCGCAGCAUUGGCAAAAUCAAAUCCACCAAGGAUGAGUCAGACAUGGGUAUUCGUGUGCGCUGCAAGGUGGCCAAGAGCAAGGUGAGUCCACCACUACGCACAGCGGAGUUCGACCUACUCUUCGGCACCGGCAUCUCCCACGCGGGGUGUGUGCUGGACUGUGCGGAGGAGCUGAAGAAGGUGGAGAGGAAGGGGUCAUGGUACAGCUUCCGGGACGACAUGCGGGUGCAAGGGCGGGAGAACGCCAUCACGUUCCUCAACGAGAACCCGCACGUGUGUGACGAGCUCGAGCAGCUAGUGCGGGAGCAUGUGGCACCGGUGGAGGAGGAGGUGGUAUCAGAUGAAGAGAUUGACUUGGACCCACCACCCUUUUCUGAUGACGAUGCAUACCACGGGGCAGACAGGGACAUGCAGUAG